AUGAUUGAAAAUAAUCGGGAACAGUUAAUGGAGAAGAUUGAGAACAUGCAGAUUGUCCUCAAAGGAAAAUUCCUCACAGUCACUGAAGAGACCAUAAAAUCAGUGUCUGAGCACAAGAAACAAAAUUUAAACCUGGUUCUGUGUGGGAGGAGAGGAGCAGUGAAGACGUCAGCAGCCAAGGCCAUUUUAGGUCAGACUGAGCUUCAUUCAGCCUCCAACUCAUCAGAGUGUGUUAAACAUCAGGGAGAGGUGUGUGGACGUUGGGUUUCCCUGGUGGAGCUGCCUGCCUUGUAUGGAAAACCUCAGGAGGCAGUGAUGGAGGAAUCAUUCAGGUGUAUCUCCCUCUGUGAUCCUGAGGGUGUCCAUGCCUUCAUCCUGGUCCUACCUGUGGCUCCCCUCACGGAUGAAGACAAGGGAGAGUUAGAGACCAUCCAGGACACAUUCAGCUCUCGAGUCAAUGACUUCACCAUGAUUCUGUUCACUGUGGACUCAGAUCCUACAGAUCCAACUGUUGAUAACUUUGUUAAGGAAGACAAGGACAUCCAGAAGCUCCUUCAGACUUUCAGACAAAGACAUGUGGUUCUCAAUAUCAAGGCUAAACAGCAGAGGGAUAGUUUGGAGACCAUGCUUCAGACUGUGGAUAUAAUGAGCCUGUCUGAAAAGAGCAUGUGCAAACCACACUGUUAUACAGCUAUAACCUUGCUACAUGCACAAAUAGAGAAAGUCUUACAAAAAGAGAAAAUCAUUAAGACGCAACAAGAUGAAGCUAAGAAAUUGAAGAUGAACAUGAUCACAGGUGGUGAACAGAACUCAGACUGUCUCAGGAUUGUGCUGAUUGGGAAGACUGGCUGUGGAAAGAGCUCUACAGGAAACACCAUUUUAGGAAGAGAUGAGUUUACAGCUGCAUCAAGUCAAAUAUCAGUUACACAACAAUGUCAGAAAUUACACGGUGAGGUGGACGGUCUUCCUGUUGUUGUGGUCGACACUCCUGGUCUGUUUGACACAAGUUUGUCCAAUGAAGAAAUUCAAGAGGAGAUGAUGAAAUGUGUCAGUCUUCUGGCUCCAGGACCACAUGUCUUCUUGGUGGUGAUACAGGUCGGCAGAUUCACAGAAGAGGAGAAGGAGACACUGAAGCUCAUCAAGAAAUUCUUUAGGAAGGAUUCAGAAAAGUUCACCUUUGUUCUUUUAACCAGAGGAGAUGAACUGGAGCGUCAGGGAGAGUCUGUUGAUGAUUACAUCAAGAACAAAUGUCACAGUUCCUUUAAGAAGCUGAUCUCUGACUGUGGAGGAAGAUACCAUGUGUUCAAUAACUCUGAGAAACAAAACCGCACACAAGUCAGUGAGCUGAUAGCAAAGAUUGACACGAUGGUGAAGGACAAUGGAGGAAGCUUCUACACCAAUCAGAUGCUGCAAGAGGCUGAAGCAGCGAUACAGAUGAAAAUGGAGAGCAUUCUAAAGAAGAAGGAAGAAGAGAUUCAGAGAAAAUACAAUCAAGAUAUGGAAACCAUUAAGCAAACCAUGGAAAAAGAGAGGAAACAAAUGGAACAGGAGAGACAAGAAAAAGCCAAAGAACUCCAGGAAAUGGAGGAGAAAAUUAGGUUCGAACAAGAGAGAAGAAGAAAAGAAGAACAAAUUAGAAAUGAAGAAGAAAUCAAUAAGAAAAAGGAAGUAGAAAUAUAUCGAGAGAAUUUUAACAAACAGAUUGAAAUUGUGGAUAAACAAAUUCAGUCAGAAAAAGAGGAAAAGAAAAAUGUCGACAGAAAGCUGGAAGAAAGCAGAGAACAGCUGAGAAAACAACAAGAAGAGUGGGAGAAAGAACAGAAAGAAUGGUGGGAGAAACAACGACAAGAAGAAGAGACGAGACGAGAGGAAGAGCAAAAAAUCAAAGAGCUUGAAGAAAAAUACAUUUAUUGA